AUGGCGCGCCUCUUCCGCGAUUCCUCCCGUUCCAGGGAUCCCGCGGCCGCCACCACAGCUCCGCCGCUGCCGUCACCGCUCCCCGACCUCGGCGUGGCCCUCUCCGCCGCCGACCUCCGCGCCACCGCCUACGAGCUGCUCGUCGCCGCCUCCCGGGCCACCGGCGCCAAGCCCCUCACCUACAUUCCUCAGUCCGUGACGGCGGCUGCCAAGAUGAAGGGGGCCUUCGGGCUCGGGUCCUCGCCGUCCUCCAACGGCGGGACGGCGGCGGUGCUGGAGCUGGUGCGGGCGCGGAUGGGUGUCACGGAGCCGACCGACGCGAGGAUCCGCCGGGCGCUGCUCCGCGUCGCCGCCGGACAGCUUGGCAGACAUGCAGAAUCUAUGGUUUGGCCCUUAGAGUUCCUGCAGAAGUGUAAAGCAUCAGAUUUCCUGGACCCUCUCGAGUAUGAGGCUUGGCAAACUAGGAAUUUCAAGCUUCUCGAGGCUGGUUUGCUUGUCCACCCUAUUGUUCCUUUAAAGAAAUCAAGCAUUUCUGCAAAAAGAAUGCGGCAAAUACUACAUGAAGCAUAUGAUGGGAAACUUGAAACUGGGAGGAACUCUGAGUCCAUGAUAAGGCUGCGCACUGCUGUCAUGUCCCUUGCAUGUAGAUCCCUUGAUGAAACUUCUGAUGAGUGUCACUGGGCAGAUGGCUUCCCACUGAAUCUUCAUAUCUACAAGAUGCUGCUAGAAGCUUGCUUUGAUGUUCAGGAAGGCUCUGUAGUACAAGAGAUUGAUGAAACAAUGGAGCUGUUAAAGAAAACUUGGCCUAUUUUUGGAGUCAAUCAAAUGCUCCACAACCUUUACUUUACCUGGGCAUUGUUCAACCAUUUUGUCAUGUUGGGCCAAGCAAAUAAUGAUUUGCUUUGUGCUACGGAGAAUCUAUUAGUUGAAGUUGCAAAAGAUGCUAAAAUAACAAAAGACCCAGAUUAUUGUGAUGUAUUGGGCUCCUCUUUAAGCUCGAUAAUGGGCUGGACAGAGAAAAGGCUGCUUGUGUACCAUGAAACUUUCAAUACUGGUAAUAUUUAUUCCCUGCAAUAUAUUGUUUCAAUAGGAAUCUCAACUGCAAAGAUUCUUGUUGAAACUCAAGAUAUAUCUUAUGAAUACCAUGGUGGAGUGAAGGGAGAUAUUGAUGUUGUGCGCAGCAGGAUUGAAACUUAUAUACGCUCAUCACUUCGCUCUGCUUUUGCUCAAACAAUGGAAGAGGGAGCUUCAAAGCUGUCAUCAAGGAACCGUAGGCCUGCCCUGUCAAUUCUGGCAAAGAAAACAAGUGACCUUGCUAUUAAGGAGAAGAAUGUAUACAGUCCAAUAUUGAAGAAAUGGCACCCCCUUCCUGCUGGUGUUGCGGUUGCAACCCUUCAUGCUUGCUUCGAAAAUGAGCUGAAACAAUUUACUGCUGGGCUUACCGAGCUCACACCAGAUGCAGCUCAAGUGCUUAAGGCAGCUGACAAGUUAGAAAAGGAUCUAAUUCAUAUUGCUAUUGAAGAUUCUAUGGACAUUGCUGAUGGAGGCAAGUCAUUGGUAAAACAAAUGCCACCUUAUGAAGCUGGAACUGUAAUGGCUAAUCUGGUGAAAGCAUGGAUAAAAGAACAAGUAGACAAACUUAAAGGAUGCACUGACCAGAAGUUAGAGCAGGAGACUUGGAACCCAAAGGAUAAUAACAGGGACAGUUUUGCUCCCUCUUCUGUGGAGAUGCUGCAAUUAAUUGAGGAGACUUUUGAUGCAUUUUUUGAGUUGUCUAUACCAAUGCACACUACUCUGCUUUCUGAUCUGACAGCUGGACUUGAUAAAUGUCUUCAUUAUUAUGUCUCUAAAGUGAAAUAUGGCUGUGGAACACAGAGCACAGUAUUUCCUCAGCUACCUCAUCUAACAAGGUGUGAUGUUGGUUCCAAAUUAUUCAAGAAAAAUGAAAAACAACAGUUUCCUGUGAAGCAAGGAUCACAAGUUGGAUCAACAACUGGAAAUGAAGCCUCUAGUCUUCCUGGUCUAUGUUUUCGAAUAAAUACCCUCCAUUUCAUCCAAAAUGAGUUAGAAAACCUGCAUAUGAAGACAAAAGCAUGCUUGCGAAAUGCUGCUCAGCCUGAUGUCGCUGGUGGGCUGAACAUCAACUUUGAGUUAUCCCAGGCAGCUUGUCAAGAAGGAAUCCGACAGCUGUGUGAGACAACUGCAUAUAUGGUGAUAUUCAACGAUCUGAGUCAUGUUCUUAUGGAUACUCUCUAUGUUGGUAGCCCUGCAUCAAACAGGAUACUGCCUUUGUUAAAAGAGCUAGGUCCUAUCCUUAGGCUUGUAUCUUCCACAGUGCAUAGCAAAGUGCGAAACCGUCUGAUAACUGCAUUGAUGAAAGCCUCUUUUGAUGCCUUUUUGUUGGUGCUUCUAGCUGGUGGACCGACACGUGCUUUCUGUUGUCAGGACUAUCAGAUAAUAGAGGACGACUUCAGAGCCCUCCGAGGCUUGUAUUUAACAUACAGUGAUGGCCUGCCAGAGGAAUUAGUUGCCAAGGCUUCCUCAGAGGUGAAGAGCAUUCUGCCACUCCUACGGACAGAUACUGAGACCCUCAUUGCGCGAUUCAAGAAGACAAUUUCUGAAUCAUAUGAAUGUACAACGAAAUCUAGGUUCCCCAUGCCUCCGGUGCCUCCCCAUUGGAGCCCAGAUAACCCCAACACGAUAUUGCGUGUAUUAUGCUAUCGAAAUGAAGAGGCAGCUACAAAGUUCCUCAAGAAAGCAUAUGAUCUGCCAAAGACACUUUGAUUUCUGCAAAAAUGUGCAGCCUAUUGUGUAUGUUUGCAGCUUGCAAAUAAGAGGUGUGGUGAAUUAGACUGUACUGCCUCCUUGUGAAGGAUAGAAACAUGUACAUGCAAGUAGAGUAUUAUGAAGUCUGAAUUGGCAGAUUUUGUGCGUGCAGACUAGAGAUUGGGUUCUGCUGAGUUUUUCCUGCGGCAAUCUAGGGUGCUGUUCAUUCAGACUUGGUGGGUCCUACAGCUUGAUUGAUGAUCAAUGUCCGGGUGCUCUGUUCCUGCUGGUCCUGGAUCUGUCUGCAUUGGGUGUAUUCAUCUGUCAAUAGGAUCCAUACGACAUACUUGUGCAAGAGUGUAUUCAUCUGUAAGAGUGUGCAGAAUGUGUAUAUAUGCAUAUGCUUACUUGGCUA